AAAAAAAAGUAACAAAAAGUACAAAAGCUAAUACUACGCAAGUAGUGCAAGUUGCUUCUAAAGCUGACAAAGAAAGUGAAAUUCAAAACCCAAAAAGACAGCAAAAAACACGUCAAACAAAAAGUGUAAAAACUAAUAACAAACCAAUAGUGCAAAAUAUUUCUGAAGCCGAAGAUGAAUUUGAAGUUGAAAAACAAAUAGUACAAGAUGUUGCUAAAACAGAAGAUGAAGUUGAAAAACCAAAAAAACAACAAAAAGCGUCAAAUUCGGAAUUAUUGCUAUUAGAUACUGAAGCAUUAUUAUUAAUUACAAAAGAUAAUAUUGAAUAUCAGCAAAAUCAAUUGUCUUUUGAAUUACAAGAACUACAAAAUCAACAAACUUAUGAUAAAAGCAAUUUAGCUUCGUCGACACAUGUAGCUAAUAAAUCUAAUUCAAAAACUCAAUUAGAUGAAUCUAAUAAUUAUAUUAAAUAUCAACUACAUAAUCAUUCAUCUUUUAUAGAACCACAAAGACAUAAUCGUUUAUCUUUUAUAGAACCACAAGAGCAUCAUUAUAAAGUAUUACUAGGAACCAGGAACCUGUGUAA